AUGACAACAUUUGGCAUCCGUGUCCAAGCUGCACACCACAUUGGACCAAUGAAGUUGUUGCUCUCUAACAACACUAAUCACCAACUUGAUAGGAUCUUUAACCCCCUAAGAGAUAAACCUCUACCCAUGCUGUUUCAUGUGGAGGCUGCACCCAAAGGAGAGCCAGGAAAGAAAAGGGAGGAUGUGGUGCUGUGGAGUCAGGCAGACCUGACGAAGCUCACAUCUGAGCUCUCUAAAAUGAGAAUGCAAGAAGAUUCUCAUAAAAUGGAAGUGGAAAAAUUCAAGGAACUGUAUCUAAAAAAACUAAGAAGUAAUAAUGCCCUACUCUCACAUCUUCCAAGUAGAACUUGCAAGUAUCCAGAGGGGCAGAGUGCAAAUCUUGAGAAGAUACGGUGGAACACCUCUGCAAUGGUGGCUUUUGUAGCGUCUUGCCUCAAGUGCCCUCAAGUGGCAUACCUCACAAGCAGCAGCAUGGAGUCACAGGGAAGUGUGCCCCACCUCUCCCAAAGCCCAGAAGCCAACUGUGAGUUCAUGGAAAAUCCUAGGAGCUGGUCUGAAGAUAAGGAAAAAGCAAGGAGGAAACUGAUGGACUCAGUACAUUUUCUGCUCUGUGCUUUGCUCCAAGAAAAGAGGAGGACUGUAAAGUUACAGAAAGAGCUGAUGGAUAUAAAGAAGAUCUUGAAUAUGCCCCCAAAGAAAGGACGUGGGUGUGAUGGCAGAAGACAGAGUUUUCAUGAGGUUUCAAAAGUCAGUCAUGUUGAAGUGAACAUUCCAGUUGCUAUGGUAAGACUUGAGGGAGAAGCAGCAGUGAAAGAAAACUUAGUGUGCAUUCAAGAGAAUCCAGGCGCUACAGUCCUAACUCAGAUGGAAUUAGAAAUGAAAGAGCUCAAAUCUGCCCUCUCUGAAGUACACGCCCAAGACUACUUGGUUAAGAAGGAUCUGGUAGCCCUGAAGCAGCUCUACCGAGGCGAGCUAGAGUGCAUAGAUGGCAUGUCACUGGAAUUGUGUAUGCGAGUGGGAAGCAGCCAGAGCAAGCCAAGCCCAUGGCUCUCCACAAAAGCACAGUGCUCAGUGAGCCCCGUUCACAAGAUCUGUGGACUGUGA